AUGGGGGCAGUGGAGCGCCCCGAGAUAACGGCCGGAUUUGCCGACUUCGACGCCGGCCAUCGGGAUCUUGUCACCGUCACCAGAUUUAACUUCUAUGGCAAUCGUAUUGUCACCGCUUCUUCUGAUCACCGCAUGAAAGUUUGGGAUCUCAAGGAUGGCCAGUGGCAACUGAUAGACACCUGGCGCGCGCACGACGCUGAGAUUCGCGAUGCCACAUGGAAUGGUCCUUUCACAGGCCAGCACAUUGGCAGUGUUGGAGAGGAUAUGAAGUUGAAAAUUUGGCAAGAAGAUGUAACUCAGCCACCAAACUCAGGACGGCGUUUCAGGUCGAUCUUUCGCAUGACCGCACCACAAAGACAUCCAUUUGUAUCACUCGACUUUCGCAACAUUGACCUGGAAUCGUGGCUUGCUGUGAUAACACGCGAUGGCUAUCUCAUGAUCAUGGAACCCGUCAGCCCUGAUAGCCUUGCAGAUUGGCAGACUGUUGACCAGUUCCGAGUGUGUACCGCCCCCGAACGCGGGGAGGAAACAAGUUUCAAAGUCCAGUUUCAUCAUGACCCUACCGACAUUACUCACACUAUCUUACCGAAUUCCGAUCGCAAGAGCCUGUCGCUAAUUGUGGCUGCCAUGGACACCGUCAAGGUCUAUCGCACUGACGCAAAUCGACGAUUCUACCAUGCAAUUGAACUGAAUGGGCACAGCGGACUUGUGAGAGACAUUUCCUGGGCUAAUGGCUCUGUGCGUGGCUACGAUCUUAUUGCGAGCGGCGGCAAGGAUGGUUUUAUUCGCAUCUUUGAAGUGUACACAAUGCCAGCUAGCCAGGCACUACAGACUAACGGCCGAAAGACGGAACGCCGCAUGCACUCACAAUCUCAGUCCCAGUCACAGUCACAGUCGCAGUCACCGUCGCUCCGAGCGACAUCGCAGUCCGGGAUCGGCUCUGCUCUAGCAAGCCGUGUGCCUGCAUCGGUGACUGAUCGCCAACCCAAUGGGGAUUCACAAUUCCGACACUUGUUCAAACAGGUGGCUUGCAUCGACACUAAACACCUCGAUGUCUGGCAGGUUCAAUUCUCGUUCUCUGGUGACUCAUUGAUUUCCUCCGGAGACGAUGGGGCAGUUCGGUUCUGGAAAAGAUCUUUGUCUGGAGAAUGGCUCGAGUUCGCCGAAACAGAUAUGGCUUCUCAGUGA